AUGGAGAUGAACAAUUAUAUGUUCUAUUCGUUCUAUAAGGAAAUCACACUAACUGAACUGAUGGCCUAUAUUCUUAUCGAGUACUCGAUGAUGAUUCAAAAGGCUUCUGGAAAUGACAACUUUAUUAUAGAAAAGAAUACAGUUCGAGAAAACUAUAAUGAGAUCACCAAAAAUGGAAUCAAUUCACUUAAGAAGGUACUGGACAAUACCAAUCGUCAUCUAUGGCGUUGUGAUCCCACGGAGAAUAUACCCAACGUUACUUACGAUGUGGUUACACGACUGCUUCAAGGAUACAUUGAGAACGAAGUGAAUCUAAACAACGGUGCCUCAUGUUUUCAGACUUGUGAACAUUAUCAGAGCACUACCAGCAAAGGUUGCUUCGAUGAAGAGUUUUGCACUGAACAACCUAAAUGCUCGGGUCGCAUUCACGACUGCCAAUUUGUAGACUCGGUCCUAUCAGUAUACCAAUCUCCAGAGAACAGCACUCGUCGCUAUGAGUAUAUUGAAUACGGCGAAUCGAAAAGUUUGGGAACGUUCUCCAAUUAUUGGAGUAAAUUAAAUAAGGUGGAGAGCUGGAAUAGAUGGAUUUUCUUUGAAUGCAGCUACUGCUUCUGUCUCUGUGAUGAACAAAGCCCAAAGUCAGAUCGCUACUUCAAUCUUCGAGAAACAUUAUCGGAUGUCAAUGCGAACAAAGUGGUGACUGGAGUGAGGUUUGUGAAGAGGAAUCGUAUAUUUCAUUUGCAAAUCCAGCAGGGAGAACUCUUGCCCCGUGGUCUCAUCAACGAAUCAACUGUGGAGUGGAAACAAGUCGAUAACUAUGAAAUCGGUGAUUCCAAUGCUAAGGAGGGAGUCGACUAUCACACAUUAACUUACCAAAAUCGUGCUAUAGAUCUGGAUGAAGUAACGAAACCAGAUGAUACAACUUUUGUAGUGACCGGCGUGCGAUUCCAGGUUUUGGAUGGACACAUUAAUCUGAAAGUCCAUUUCAGUAAAUUAGAUUUUUUAAAGGGCGAAUUAGUCAACCCGGAAGUAAGCAAUUGGCAAACAAAAGAACAUGUUUCCAAAAGAAGGCAAAUGACUCUUGAUAAUUUGCCUUUGCCACCAACCAGUGGUGUAUUCACUUCAUCACCGGAAUGGACAGAUUAUUUGGAGUUUACCAACACUGGAAUGUUGAUGGAUGUUGCCCAAUCGACAAUUCCCUAUAUUGAUAUACAGGAUGUCGCGUCCAUUCCACCAGUGGCUUUAGCUGGAAUCGGCAUCUACUACAAACAUAGAGGGUUGAACGGUGGUUUUGUGGCACCCCAGAUCAUCAGCUACGACCUUUCUCCUCACCUCUCGUUGAUUCCAAACUGA